GCAGGGCGUGGGCCGGGGAGCGGGCCGGCCGGCCGGCAGGGCUCUGCCGCCCGAGCCGUGUGCCAUUGAAAGAGGGACGAUGGUCUGGUUCAAGUUUCAAAACCACCCGUUCUGGCCAGCCGUGGUGAAGAGCGUCAGCCCGGCAGAGCAGACCGCCAGGGUGCUUUUGAUCGAGGCCGACAUGCCCCGGGAGAGCAGCGGCAUCCGCGUCCCUCUGCGGAGGCUGAAGCCCCUGGACUGUGCCGGGCAGGAGAAGCUGCUGGAGCGAGCCCGGAAGGUGUACGGGCAGGGCGUGAACUGGUGUUUCUCCCUGAUCUCCCACUACCGAGACGGGCUGGGUCGCGGCUCCUUUGCGGGCUCCUUCCUGGACUACUUCGCCGCGGACUGCAGCUACCCGCUGAGGAGAGCCAUCCAGGAGGGCCCCCUGCGCGUGGACUUCCCGAAGGUGAACUACGCCGACCUGGAGGAUUCCGAGGACGAGGCCGCCCUGGGCGGGAGGAAGAUCCUCCCGGACCGCAUGCGGGCUGCCCGCGACCGAGCCAACCAGAAGCUGGUGGACUUCAUCGUGAAGAGGAAGGGGGCCGACCCCCAUCUCCUGGACAUCGUCAAAGGCAGGAAACGCUCCAGGUGGCUGGCAUCGUUUCUCAGGUCGGGCAGGUACGUGAUCUGCGUGGAGACCUACCUGGAGGACGACGAUCAGCUGGACGUCGUGGUAAGACACCUGCAGGACAUCUACCGGGAGAUAGACAGGAACGUGCUGGCUCUGACCCGGGACGACAAGGUGAGCUUCGUCCUGGAGGUUCUUCUGCCCGAAGCAAUCAUCUGCUCCAUCGCCGCCCUGGACGGACUGGACUACAAGCAGGCGGAGCAAAAGUACCUGCAGGGGCCCCCGUGCGUUACCGGGAGAAGGAGCUCUUUGACCGCAAGGUCCUGAGGGAGCUCAGCAAGAGGUCCGCCAGGAGGCUCAGGGCUAAAUGACUCUCCCCCUGUGGCGCCCCCCCCACCCCACCCCCGCCAGCUGAGCAGGGAGACCCCGCAGCCAUACCCUCCCUCCCUUCGUGUGGGCGGCCGCCCCGUCUCGAGGACACCCACGAUCCCUCCAGCCUCCCUGGCGCACACCCCCCUCCCGGAAGCCCCUGCCGAGGCCUCGCCAGCGUGCCCAAUUCCCCCUGGGUCCAUCCCGGCUGCUUGGGCCUGCCGGGGUCGCCUCCUUUCUCGGCCCCGGCCCCUCCCGCCACUGGCCUGUUCGCGCGCGGCUCGCUGACGCCUGCGCUCUCCUCUGCUGGCCCGCACGUCUACGUUUCCAGAUCUUUUCGGAAGCCUGCCUUGGACUAUUUUACAAUAGGACGCACGCUCCCUUACGUCUCGUCUCCGCAAGGCCCUGGGGUCGGCAACCAAGCCGCGGUGGGUGGCUUCUCACCUCUAGGCUCUGUUUUUACAGAGACGCCCUGUGGGCUGCCCGUUCUCUCCGUGACACACCGCACCGCCGGGAAGGACCGACCGACCCACCGACCUCCGACGGGAGUCCCGACUCUUCCCUGCCACGCUUGUCCGCCGGUGCGGCCGCCGACAGAGCUGCCUUCUCUCUACGCGGGCUACUGCAAAUGGCUCUCGGAAAAGCCACCGGAAACCCAAAGUGAUCCGACCACCUGCAGGUAGCCCACGGGCCAGUGCGGGUGACUGCAGCCUGGGCGUGCCCACAAGGCUUUGCCAGCCCGUGCAAGACUGCGGCCUCUCCCUUUCCCCGGGAGUCUGCUUGUGCGAGGAGCCCUUCUGCCACGGCUCCUUGGCUUCCCCACACAGACAGACUCCCAGCUCCCUUGCCCACUGGUGUCAGGGACAGGGCCCUCCACAGGUAGCCAUGUGUCCCCACGCGGAAGACCCCGGAGCCCUCGCACACACGCCGUCUAGCUCUCUGGACCUCGGAGUCCAGGCUGAUUGCUGGGAGCCCACCUACCCGGCAUCAAGUGCAGGAAAGCGGGCACCCUGUCCGGGCCCCGAGCCCCCUCAAAAGGCCCUCACUCCUCUCAAGCCAAGCUAGCUUGAUCUUUCGACUUCUCCAUUGACCAGCUCCCACGGGUUCCAGCAGUAGGGGGGCAGACCCCCGAGUCGUCGCAGGCUGCCUCGGCGGCGGUGGUAGCUGGACCAGGAGCCGGGAGCUGGGACCUGGGAGCUGGGACCUGGGUUUCGGGAAAGUCUCCAUUCAGCUAAGCACAGCUUUGGCUGGAAUUCGGUGAAGCCUAUGCCAUGGAGGGCUAAAUCCUGAAGUCCAAGAGCUGUUACCCUAACUUGAGACGACAUUCCUUUC